AUCCAGGGAGGGUGGGUGAGGGGGAAGACGAGGGAUCGGGCCUGCGCCACGAUCGUCACGUCCCAUCGAAGCUGGAGCGGAUCCGGGCACCCGGAGCCCCCAUUCCAUCCCCUCCCGGCCCCAGGCAACUACAUCUCCCAGCAUCGCCCGCUCGGGCCGCGGGAAAGGGGAAAAAAAAAAAAAAAAAAGUUUGGGCCAAGCAUUCCCGGAAUGUGCUUCCUGCUGGCGCGGGGCGGGGGGCGGGCGGGGAGGCCCCGGCGGGGCGGGGAGGGCGCGGGGCGGCGCGGCCGGAGCCCGGGGCGCGCACUCGGCUCGGCCCGGCCCGGGCCGCAGCAUGGCCGAGCCGCUACUCAGGAAAACCUUCUCCCGCCUGCGGGGCCGGGAGAAACUUCCCCGGAAAAAGUCGGACGCCAAGGAGCGCGGCCGCCCAGCCCAGCGCCCAGAGCCCAGCCCUCCAGAGCCAGAGCCCCAGGCUCCCGAAGGGUCCCAGGCCAGAGCAGAGGGGCCCUCCAGCCCCGAGGCAUCAAGGAGCCCUGCACGGGGAGCCUACCUGCAAAGCCUGGAGCCCAGUAGCCGCCGAUGGGUGCUGGGUGGGGCCAAGCCAGCUGAGGACACCUCUUUAGGGCCUGGGGUACCUGGCAGUGGGGAGCCUGCCGGCGAGAUCUGGUACAACCCCAUCCCUGAGGAAGACCCCAGACCUCCAGCACCUGAGUCCCCGGGGCCACAGCCUGGCUCAGCUGAGUCAGAGGGCCUGGCCCCCCAAGAUGCAGCCCCCGCCAGCGCCCCAACCAAAGCCUCCCGCAUCAAGUCCCCGGGCCCCGCCAGGCGCCUCUCCAUAAAGAUGAAGAAGCUGCCGGAACUGCGGCGCCGCCUGAGCCUGCGAGGCCCCCGGGCUGGCCGGGAGCGCGAGAGGGCUGCCCCUGCGGGCUCCGUCAUCAGCCGCUACCACCUGGACAGCAGCGUGGGGGGCCCCGGGCGGGCAGCAGGGCCUGGGGGCACCCGGAGCCCGAGGGCCGGCUACCUCAGCGACGGGGACUCACCGGAGCGCCCAGCUGGUCCCCCGUCACCCACCUCCUUCCGGCCCUACGAGGUGGGUCCCACAGCCCGGGCACCCCCGGCCGCACUCUGGGGCCGCCUCAGCCUGCACCUGUACGGUCUCGGGGGGCUGCGGCCAGCGCCAGGGGCCACCCCCAGAGACCUCUGCUGCCUACUGCAAGUGGAUGGGGAGGCCCGGGCCCGAACAGGGCCACUGCGAGGGGGGCCGGACUUUCUGCGGCUGGACCACACCUUCCACCUGGAGCUGGAGGCCGCCAGGCUCCUGCGCGCCCUGGUGCUUGCGUGGGACCCUGGCGUGAGAAGGCACCGGCCCUGUGCCCAGGGCACCGUGCUGCUGCCCAUGGUCUUCCGAGGGUGCCAGGCCCAACAGCUGGCCGUGCGCCUGGAGCCCCAGGGGCUGCUGUAUGCCAAGCUGACCCUGUCGGAGCAGCAGGAAGCCCCUGCCACAGCUGAGCCCCGCGUCUUCGGGCUGCCCCUGCCACUGCUGGUGGAGCGGGAGCGGCCCCCCGGCCAAGUGCCCCUCAUCAUCCAGAAGUGCGUUGGGCAGAUCGAGCGCCGAGGGCUGCGGGUAGUGGGACUGUACCGUCUUUGUGGUUCAGCGGCAGUGAAGAAAGAGCUUCGGGAUGCCUUUGAGCGGGACAGUGCAGCAGUCUGCCUAUCUGAGGACCUGUACCCCGAUAUCAAUGUCAUCACUGGCAUCCUCAAGGAUUAUCUUCGAGAGUUGCCCACCCCACUCAUCACCCAGCCCCUGUAUAAGGUGGUACUGGAGGCCAUGGCCCGGGACCCCCCAAACAGAGCUCCCCCCACCACUGAGGGCACCCGAGGGCUCCUCAGCUGCCUGCCAGAUGUGGAAAGGGCCACGCUGACGCUCCUCCUGGACCACCUGCGCCUCGUCUCCUCCUUCCAUGCCUACAACCGCAUGACCCCACAGAACUUGGCCGUGUGCUUCGGGCCUGUGCUGCUGCCGGCACGCCAGGCGCCCACAAGGCCUCGUGCCCGCAGCUCCGGCCCAGGCCUUGCCAGUGCAGUGGACUUCAAGCACCACAUCGAGGUGCUGCACUACCUGCUGCAGUCUUGGCCAGAUCCCCGCCUGCCCCGAGAAUCUCCAGAUGUCGCGCCUUACUUGCGACCCAAACGACAGCCACCUCUGCACUUGCCGCUGGCAGACCCCGAAGUGGUGACUCGGCCCCGCGGUCGAGGAGGCCCCGAAAGCCCCCCGAGCAACCGCUACGCCGGCGACUGGAGCGUUUGCGGGCGGGACUUCCUGCCCUGUGGGCGGGAUUUCCUGUCCGGGCCAGACUACGACCACGUGACGGGCAGUGACAGCGAGGACGAGGACGAGGAGGUCGGCGAGCCGAGGGUCACUGGUGACUUCGAAGACGACUUCGAUGCGCCCUUCAACCCGCAUCUGAAUCUCAAAGACUUCGACGCCCUCAUCCUGGAUCUGGAGAGAGAGCUCUCCAAGCAAAUCAAUGUGUGCCUCUGAGCCAGAGGACGGGGUGGGACCCUGGUUGCUAAGGCGGUGCCCUGGUGACCAAGGAGAGCCAGACCUGUUGCUCAGGCCGAGCUCCUGGUUGCCAGCGAGUUACCACUUACACAGGACCAGUCGCGUGUAUGGCUGAGACUCAUUCCCAGUUUCCAGGGCCCAGUAUUUGGACACUAGUUGCGAAGUCUGGGGAUUGGGGAUUUUAGGGACCAGCGGUUGUGACCAUCUUUCCUGAGCACCAAGGGCAUCCCCUUUUGUUGCCAAAAAGGCAGUUCUCGCGCUUGCUAGGCUGGCCUCUCUUGCCUCCCCUUUGCUGGGGCAACACCAGUUACUGUGAGCAUCACCCUGGUGUGGUGAGUCACCUCUAGUCGGCCCUCUUGCUGCUGCCAACCAAAUCAGUAUUAGCUUUGAGCACUGCACUCUGUUUCUCCCUCCCUUGGACGACACAAAGACUAGCAUGAGGCACUGUUUGUGGGGGGCAGCCCCUAUCCUGGGUUCCAGCAUGGACACAGGGGUAGCCUGGGGCUUACAGAGAAACAACUGGUUUCCCCUACCCUUUUCCCGGGAAGACCCCACGAUUGGCCUCUAGUUAGCAAAUGGAGAUAACAGAGUCUGGCCUUUCCAAUCCCCAUCUCCUUGUCACCCCCCUGAAAAAAAUUGAGCACUUAAGCCCCUCCCUUUUGGAGGGGGCCCCCGGAAGCGUCAGGCUGGGGGCAGUCUGGUACGGAACAUAUUUAUUGCCUCCAUGCAUGUGUGUGUGUGUCUGUGAGGACUGGUGUGUGUGGACACGUCUGGAGCAGGCGUGUGGGGCUCUUUCAGGGACCACAGAGGAGGGAGCAGUUUGCGGUGCCCAGCCACCCUGAAAUCCCCAAUAAUGGUGCCUCAGUGGGCCCCAGAGUUCCAGUGGGAGAGUACGGUUCCCUCUCGUCUCCCUCUUCCUUUCCGCACCUCCAUCUUUGUGGAUAAUAAAUCAAUAUGCACAGGU